AUGGACUUCGACCCUGAGCGCUAUGCCUCGUUUUUUCGACGAGACGGAUACUUCAUCGCAGAGGAUAUUCUAGGUUUCGACGAGAUCGAGGAUUUACGUCGCGCCGUUGCCGAACUUCCCAACCGCGAAGAGGUCCGUCGCAAGAGAAGCGUCUAUGGGGUGCGCAACCUCUUAGAAAUAUGUCCGGCUGUACAGGAGCUAGCAGCCCGAACCGAGAUCCGCAAAUUCGCCACCGCCGUAAUUGGUCGAGCAGCGUUUGCCGUGCGGGCGAUUUUCUUCGACAAGGUGGCCGACGCAAACUGGUCACUGUUCUGGCACCAAGACAACGUGAUUGCGGUGAAGCAUCGCAUUGAGACACCCGGCUUUCUGGGCUGGUCGCAGAAGUCGGGCGUGUGGCAGGUGCAGCCUCCGGCCGAAGUGCUAGCCGGGAUGGUGGCCGUCCGCGUUCAUCUCGACGACUGCGGCAGCGACAACGGUCCACUGCGAGUCUUGCCUGGCUCGCAUCGAUCUGGCUGGUUAGAUGACGAACUUGAUCAAUGGAAAGCAAGCGUCCUGGAGGCCGUGGGGCACCGCCGAGUAAUCCACAUCGAAUACGCCGCAAAUGAACUGCCAGGCGAACUGGAGUGGAACAAUCGCAUCCUCCCCGAGGACGAGAGAACGCACGCGGCCAAUUUCACCUGCUGA